AUGGGCAAAUAUCGUUCUAAAGACGGCUGUUUGACCUGCCGUCAACGUCGCGUUAAGUGCGAUGAAGUAAAGCCGCUAUGUGGAAAUUGCGCGAAGAAAAACCGCGACUGUCAAUGGGAGACACCGCAGACGAAGUUUCGCGGUUAUCAGCCGGGCUCGCCCUCGUCGAGUGCAACGGCGUUGUCAGAGAUGCAAGAGAUGGAUGGUGUUCGUGGCAAUGAUGAGGACCAUGUGGGAUUAUUAGCGCCAGUUCGACGUCAGAGCAAUCACGACCCGAGUGUUAUUACUGCCGAUCAGACCGUCCAGACUUCUGUGUAUCCUUCUGGAAAGGCGACAGAGGGAUUCCAGCAGCCGUUGACCUCUCCCUUUCUACCACAGAUAACUUCGCCUGCAAGAUCCUUGGCUAGCGGUAGCGUCUCGGUGCCCUCCGUUUUUUCUGCGGCACUUCCAACGCUGCCCCACCAUUAUCUAGGGCGAUGGUUGGAUGGGACAGAUGCAUCGCGUCGAUUUACAUUGGAAGUGCCGGAUCAAGUCGGUCGCUGUUCCAUCUUGCUCCAUGCCGUUGGGUGUUUCGCAGCACGCCAUUUGAGGGACGACGCGGCGGCAGAGGAGGCAUAUCAAGCCUGCCUGGCCCUAGUAAUCGAACGUCUCAAUCUGAACGCAGCUUUGCACGACGUUGAUUUGCUUUGCGCUAUCGUCAUCUUGCGCUUUUUUGAACAACUCAUUGUACCGACCAGCUCAGGCGCCGACCAAGAACAGCAUCUAGCCGGCACGUCCGCCAUUCUACGUUCCUCGCAAAAGACCACGGUGGAUCCUUCGGCACCUACCCUACGCGAAGCAGCCUUCUGGGUCUACGUCCGUCAGACCUUGUAUAACGCGACCAUCACCCAGCAACCUCCCAACAUUGACUUCACGUUACGGCUGGAUCCCGUGCCGUCAGCCAUGGUGGACAACCACCCGCUGGCUAGACUAGGAAUAGAGACAGCUUGGGCAAAUCAAGCGACAUGGAAUUGUGCUCGUGUUGCCAACUUUUGCUUUGACAGGAAUCAUACCGCAGGGCCUGCGUUGAGGAUGCAGCAAUGGCAAGAAUUGUGGGACAGUGUUGAAAGCUGGAAAGCGAAUCGUCCACUCAGUUUCGAUCCAAUCUGGAGCGGUUCCGAGGACGACAGCGAUAGCCAGUUUCCUGACAUGUACUUCACCGCCGAUUGGCACGCCGUGGCGUUUGGGUAUUAUCACUUUUGCUGCAUACUUCUGCUCAACUAUAAGCCUGGUCCGAAAUUUGCAAUGCGCUUUGCAAGGCACACGUUAUCAGAUGUAGAGAACAAAGUUCUCGAACAUGCACGAGCAAUAUGUGGGUCUUGCAAAAGCUCACCUGAGUGUAUCACGAACCUGAUCACGUUUUGUCACACCAUCUUCAUAUGGGGGCCUCUCCUGCACGACUCAGCAGAACAAAUUGAAGUCUUGAGCAUUCUGGCCAAUCUCGAAUUGAACCAACGCUGGCCUACCGAGUGGAUCGUGAAUGCGCUCAAACUCGAAUGGGGGGACGGAUGA